AAUCUUUCCCCAAGCAUGGCCCGCACGAAGCAGACUGCGCGCAAGUCGACCGGUGGCAAAGCGCCCCGCAAGCAGCUGGCCACCAAGGCGGCCCGCAAGAGCGCGCCCGCCACGGGCGGCCGGAAGAACACGCACCGACCCGCCGGGGGCGGGGUAAAGAAGCCGCACCGCUACCGGCCCGGCACCGUGGCGCUGCGCGAGAUCCGGCGCUACCAGAAGUCGACGGAGCUGCUGAUCCGCAAGCUGCCCUUCCAGCGCCUGGUGCGCGAGAUCGCGCAGGACUUCAAGACGGACCUGCGCUUCCAGAGCUCGGCCGUGAUGGCGCUGCAGGAGGCCAGCGAGGCCUAUCUGGUGGGGCUCUUCGAGGACACCAACCUGUGCGCCAUCCACGCCAAGCGCGUCACCAUCAUGCCCAAGGACAUCCAGCUGGCCCGCCGCAUCCGCGGCGAGAGGGCCUGAGGGACUGCAGCGCCUCCCGUCUCGAUCGCUAGGAAACAGUUCAUUCAACCCAAAGGCUCUUUUCAGAGCCGCUCAAUCCCCACUCAAAGGUGCUGAAACAUUUUCUUGGAGGUUUCGACAACAACAUAGGGUGAAAUAAGUGUUUUGUUGCCAUCUCUAAUUUUUAAAAAUCACUUGUGACAACAGUUGUGCGCGUAAAUUGGUACCGCUGUCAAAAGGAUGUGGGGUUGGGGGGAGACUGGAUGGAAAUCCUAACCUUUGGAGAAAAGCGAGACUUGGAAGGGGGAGGGGAGAGUAGAAU